AUGGCGAAACGUUCGGAGUCGUGGAAGGCCUCCCAGCUUGAAAAGAAAAGAAAGGCUCGCCGUGAACUUCGUCAACAGCGGGGAUACGACGCAAGUGCCUAUCGACAGAAAGAUGCUGAAAGAACUAGGGGCAGAGCAUCAACAAAGACCAAAGAGAGUUAUAGAGAAAGGGUACGAAAGUAUGAGGAGUUUUUAAUCGAAGAGAAGAACAUGCCCGAAGGCUAUAAGAUUGGGGAAGGGUAUCCAGCUCCGACACUUCAGGAACUUAAAGAGUUUACCCGCUGGCUUAUUGAGUCAACCAAGGGCAGACUUGCUGAUGAUGGACGACCAACCAAGAACUCAAUAAAAGUACGGGCCCAAGAGUUCGUCCCAGGCUUCUUCCUUGAAACUGGAAACGAGAUUUCCUCUCAAGAUGCAACUGAGCUCUAUCAUUGGAUCGAGAAUGAGUUGGUUGAAGAGGGAGUACUCUCAGCGAUCAGGAAGCCAAAAUAUAAUUUCAAACUGAGAGACUUCGAGCGCGCUAUUAUUGCUUUCUGGGCCACUAAUGACCCAUUCUUUAUGUCUGGGAGGUACCGUGUCCAGUUUCAUUUCAUCACUCUUCAAUUUCUAUGCACAGGUUCUAGAGUGUCCUCCUUCACGCCUGCAUCAGUUGAUAAAGUUGGACGAGGGCUCCGUUAUAAGGUAAAGCUAAUGAAAUAG